AUGCGUCGCGUCACUCUGUUCUCGCUCCUCCUCUCCCUCGCCGCGUGGCUGCCCUCGACCCAUGCCCAGCCCUCCGCCCCCGCCGGCUUCGACGGCAGUCGCGAUGACGAUCUGCUCUCCUUUGUAACGAUGCCCAACACGCGCGCCAUCAAGUUCAACGUCACGCAGCACCACCCCGACCGCAUCAGCCCGGGCUACUGGUUCGUCGCCCCCUACUGGUACUUCGAGGCCGACCCUCCCGACGGCAAGUUCAUGCCCUGCCAGGUCGGCCCCCACAUCUACGACGGCGACGGCACGCUGGUGUGGGCGGGCUCCUGCCUGCACCACAACCGCAACGUCUUCGACUUCAAGCCCGUCAACCGCUGGCCGGACCAGCGCACGCGCCUGUCCUUCAUCCUGCAGCGCCGCUACGUGGACGACGGCACGCCGUCCAGCAAGGGGGCCGCCUACAUCCUGAACGACCGCUACGAGGUGGAGGCGGAGGUCCCGGUGACCAACGACCUGGAGCGGUUCGACCUGCACGAGUUCAACGUGCUGGCGGGCGGGCAGACGGCGCUGGCCGUCUCGCUGCGGGUGCGCGACAUGCCGCUGACGGACCUGGGGCGCCCCGAGGAGACCAGCCGGGUGGCCAGCGGGGGCGUGGUCGAGAUCGACCUGGCGGCGGGCCGGACGGGCCAGGUGCUGUUCGACUGGGACUCGCGCGAGCACAUCCCCCUGCACGAGUCGGACCACGUCCUGCCCUCCUCGCCGGCCGAGGGGGGGGGUGGCCUGGACUACAUCCACGUCAACGCGGCCGACAAGAGCCCCGACGGCGACUACCUCAUGUCCGCGCGCUACACCAGCACCCUCUACCUCAUCUCCGGCCGCGACGGGCGCAUCCUGUGGCGCCUGGGCGGCAAGUACUCGGACUUCGCCAUGGACUUCACCUUCUCCAAGCAGCACAACGCCCGCUUCGUCUCCGUCAACGCCACCCACACCGUGCUCUCCUUCCUCAACAACGCCUCCGACGACUUCACCAACCAGGAGCCGACCUCCGCCGCCCUGGUCGUGCUGCUGGACACGGUGCACCGCACUGCCACCCUGCUGCGCCGCUUCCCCCGCCCCGACGGAGGGCUCAGUCGCAUGCGCGGCAACUUCCAGCUGCUGGACGAGGCCGGCCAGGGCUUCGUGGGCUGGAGUGAGCAGGGCUACCACAGCGAGCACGCCCCCGACGGCACCGUGGUGAUGGAGGCCCGCUUCGCCUCGCCGCGCUUCAACAGCUACCGCUCCUACAAGUUCCCCUUCCGCGGCGACCCGCCGCAGCCCCCGGCCCUGGUGGCCCGCGCCUUCGACCGCCGCGACGACGAGUCGACCGUGUCCACCACCGUCUUCCACGUCAGCUGGAACGGGGCCACCGAGGUCGCCCACUGGCGCUUCUACGCGCGGGCCCACCCCGCGGCGGCGCCCGUCCUGCUGGGCAACGUCACCAAGCGCGACUUCGAGAGCCGCUUCGCCGCGCGGGGGGUGCUGGACUGGGUCUCCGCCGAGGCCGUGGACCGCGCGGGCCGCUCCCUGGGCUGGUCCGCCGUCACCCGCACGCAGCGGACGGCCGCCGCAAGACCCUCCGCCGUGGCCCCCCCGACCCCGGCGGCCACCCCGCGCCCGGCGGGGCCGCUGCACACGGUCAACGGGGCCAUCGUGGGGGCCGCCCUGCUGGCGUGCCUGGCGACGAUCGCGGGCAUGCUGGUGUUCAAGCGAUUCGUGCGGCGGUCCUAUCGCUACUCGCGCCUCGCGUCCGCCCACAAGGACAUCAUCCCGCUGGAUACCGAACGCGCGGACUGA